CUCACUAGGUUUUGAAAACACAGCCAUCUGAAAGCGGAUGGUGUUGUUAUGUAAAAUCCAUGGCAAAAGUGUUUGCGUGAGUUCUGCCUGAGUGUGCCCUGUUCCAGGUGUUCUCCUCAAGAUGACAGUAGAAUGGGAGCUCGCUUUUCCAUGUAGUUUAGAGAUCAAACCGAAGUGAGACUCUACACCGGACCAUUGUGUGGCGAAUCAAGGCUCUACACACAACAGAAGGGUUUACAUGGCAGACUGUGAUGACCCAUGUAUGCCAGAGGAACUCUUUAUGUGGAUUUAAGAGUGAAUCUGUGGAUCAGGUGAGCUUUCAGACACAUGCUGAAACUAUGGACAGAACUUGGCCAGAGUGCUCAAUGCAAAAGAAGGCUAAAAUAUGUUCCUCCAAAAGAGAAAAAAGUAAAGAAAUAAAGGAGAAGAACACCGAGAGAGACCGGAAGCUGUAUCCCCUCAGGGGAAGGCAUGGAUUGGGUGAAGUGGGCACACUUAACUGCUGUGUUGUACUAAUGCGUUUGGACGAGAGCGGAACUUGUAAAAACAGCAUGAAGGCCUUGCGUAAAAGUGAAGGAAAGCAGGUGAAGGAAUUGCAGGGAAAGGCGAAAAUCUGCAAGUGUCGCAAGAAAGCCUGUAAAUCUUGCCGGUCAGCGCCUGAACCAAAAAGCAAAGUGAAACCUGAUAAAUAUGCCUUAUAUACAGAAUUCAUCCCAGAACCACGCCAGAGGCGGCUGGCCUCCCUGAAUGCAGAAGCAGUUAACAGUCUGCUUUUGGACAGAGAUGACCCACAGCAAACAUCAAAACUCUCCAAGAAGAAGCAGCAACAGACAAAAGGGGGCAGUUCUCUCUCGAAAGAUACAGUUAAAGAUAAUGAUUGUUCUAGAAAAGGGCAAGACAACCGCAAACGUGUGGGUACAGGAGAUACAGACCAACGUAAAAAACUUAAAAAGGCAAAGAAGGAGACCGAGGGUAUUGAUUUACAGACUCUUAAUAGUCGAACUCCGAAACGUCUCGCAGGAUUAACUGCUGCCACCCUGCUCAAGCUUACCAGCACGUCCUCGGAAGUGAAACGCAGAGGCAAAACAGACAGUAAACCGAGCAGCGCAGGAUCACGAGGGAAACAGCUUAAGGAUAAAUCGCAUAAACAGCAGCUCAACUUGCCCUGCCAGUCUGAGCUAAACGUAUCGCAGCAAUGCUGCAGCCUCUGUGAGAAGCAAGCCCUCCACUGGGAUGGGAGUACAGGAAGCCAUGGCUUCAUUAGCCCUGGAUAUCAGUGCAGAUCCAUGCUUGGCUACCCCCUGAAGCCUGUGAAGGAAGAGAAAACAGAGACUGAUGUGAAAUCAUAUUACUGCUGUUCUCAGGAGAGAUCAGUGGAGUACUGCCAUAGACUAGCCCUGUUCCUUGGUCAGAAAGCCUAUCCUGAAACGGAUGAACAUUCAAUAAAAGGGUUUAUACCUGCUUCUCAUACACUGAGCCAUCCAGCAAUGCCCAUGCCCAUCCCGUGUUACUCUGGGUACUAUGUCCACAUUGCUCACCAUGGUACUCCACCACAUCCUGUUAGCUCAAAUCCUGGGACCCAUGCACCCUCGACACUGUGCCCCACUGGGGUCCAAAGACCCAAACUGCUGCCCUCUUCAGUGUCCCAUACGACGGGGAUCCCUCAUCCGGCAUACUGUAAUUCUGUGGGGACCUGCUGUGGAGAACCCUGCAGGCUCAGCAGCUAUACCUACAGGCCCACUCAACCCAUCACUAGCAGGGGAUGCUCAUACAAUCCAGGAUGCUCAAGCUGCAUGCACAAAAUGGAAACAGAAGACUAUUCUUACCCACUGGAUGAUCACAGCUCAUCUUUCAGCAUGCCUUCUGCCUUGCCUCUCUCCAUCUGCCCCAUCUCUAGCGUGCCUCCACCCACCCAGUCAGUGCCCCACCUGCAGUCACCGCUUCCCGACAGCGGUCGGCCACAGGUGCAGAUAAGAGUGGGUCGGGAGUGCCCUCAGAGGGCCAAGGCACCCAGUGGCUCUUGUUCUGGGGUGCGGAACUCUGCUGCUUUCCCACACAUUAAGGAUGGCCAGCUGGGGGCAGGCCAUGGGAGCACCGCUGCCAAGCAGUCUAAGAUCAACCAUCACCGGGCAACAAACGGCUGGCUGCCUGUUGGUGUGGCAACUGAAAAGGAGGUAUUCAUCGUGGCUGAGGACUCAACAUUGCUGCGUAGGUGCUAUGAAGGAGUGCAGAGGGAUGGAGAGGUGAUCAGGGUCAGAGACACAGUGCUGCUGCGCUCAGGUCCCAGGAAGAAGUCCUUGCCUUAUGUGGCCAAAGUCUCUGCCUUCUGGGAAGACCCUGAGUCAGGGGAGCUGAUGAUGAGCUUGUUUUGGUACUACCGCCCAGAACACACUCAGGGGGGCCGCAAUCCCAGCAUGCACUGUGAGAAUGAGAUUUUCGCAUCUCGGCAUCAGGACGAGAACAGUGUGGCAUGUAUCGAGGAUAAGUGCUAUGUAUUGACAUUAGCACAGUUCUGUAGAUUUUGUGCCUUGAUGAAGUGUCGUGAGGAGGGCUUUCCCAGACGUAGCCCCCUGGUCCCUCCCUCUAACUAUGUAAUUCCAGCUCAUCGCUGUGUACCCAGUGACAUAGACCCCGACCUGGUUUUCGUCUGCCGCCAUGUUUACGACUUCCGUUUUGGCCGUCUGCUGAAAAACCUGCAGUAGGUCUGACAAGAGGAAGGGAUGCAUUGAUGGAGCCAUACACUGAAACCCGAAUCCAAAAGUCAUGACACAAAUUCCUAUCAACUGGAUGGCACAGGAGAGGCCACAAGACUUUGAAGGAGUUGGGUUAUUGUUGUUGCUUUCCAUUUUCCUUUUAGGAUAAAUGCUCUGUGUAGCACUCCCUUGUGACUUUGUAUAAUGGCAUUCUGAGCACAACUACCUUGAGUUGAAAGGUACCGAUCGCCAAAAUGUGAUUUUUUUCACUCCAUGAAUUUGAGUAUUUAUUUUUGCAGUUAUCUUUUAUAGUUGCUGUACGAGUGUAUAAAGAAUAAAAAAGAUUAAUGCAGGUACAUUAAGAAUUACCUUGAAUUAUGAAAUAGAGUUAUAAUAUUCUCUCUUUGGUAGUAAAAGCACCCUUAUUAAGCCUAAUUAUCUGUAGAUGUAAGGUUGAAAAUAUUUAUUUUUAGAUAAAUCAAACACAAGCUCCUUUUAGGAGGCACCAAGAGUUUUUCUUCCUUGAAUCAGAUCCAUGAUGCAUUGGCCAAUCAGUCUUUAUUAAAUUGUCAUAACAGGGUGUGGAGAUUCACAGACAUACUGUGGUGGACCAAAUAUUCUAGAAAACAUUUGAUGAUCAAAUAUAAGUGGUUAACGUACUGCUAUAAUGAGCUUUUGUCCUCCUGUUGCCCGUCAUGACUUGCCUUAUAUCCUACACCGAGUUGAAUCCCCAUUUUCUGCCUUCCCAGCAAACCAAAGGUUAUCACACCACUCCUUAACAUCCCGAGCCUCCACCUUAUAGCAUCUCCACUAGUUUGCACUAACUUUUCAUACACCGAGUCAGCAGUUAUCACUCUGCUCAAAAUGUCACCUGCUACUGAUCUCCAAUGCAGGAAAAUACUGUGUAUUUGUUGUAAGUGUACAAAAAGAAAUGAGAAUUAAUCUUAGUGCGGGAGGCGCUCGGUAACUGUCAGUUACAAAUGUGAAUAGACAAACUUUAUCUCAUGCUCACAGGCCUGCUUUCAACGUGUGCCCUUUGCUUCUCGUCCUACAUGGUAGUUUUGUUACCAGAUCGCUAAUUAAGAUUUGAGAAAGCUGUUUUAUAUGGUCUGUUUGUGCCUUUAAUAGUUAACAGUCUGGAAUGUGAAGAAAUAAUAGUGUCAAAGGUUGUUUUGUUUUCUCAAGCCUUUUUUUUUUUAAGUUUUUGGCCUGCUUAUUUUGCACCGCAUUGUUAUCUGUGCUAUAAAGCAAAGAUAAGAUUGUCUGACCUCACUAUGCUGACCUUCACACUCCCUCGUUUGAACGCAAAUGUUUUGCUGUUUGUUUUGAAAAUCAUAAGUUAUCUCAAGCUGGCUUCACAAAAGACAAAAGUUAAAGAAAAGCAGCUUGGAGGUGAUUUUGUACUCACAAUGUUUCCCUAAAGGUUAAUAUCUUAUGGUUGAAGAGACCUAUAAUGGUUUGGUUUGUUUCUGUAUAAAGACUGUUUAUCCUAAGUUAACAAUCUUUUUAUGUUAAAAUGCGCUUUGUUGAUGUAUUCAAUAGAAUCCAUUCCUUUCCAGUUGUUGAGAUCUUGAGUGAAUGCUAAUCAAUCAGAAUUGAUUAUAUCGUUGUGAAGUUAGGAGACGAAUUCUGUCUUAUCCUUUCCAUAUUAUGCCCAACUUUAGUCGUGUUGACCAAAAUAUUAAAAAAACAGAAGUUAAAUAAUCUUGUCACAGUAUCUUCCAUUCUGUUUUCUCAGUUAUCUUGGUAAAUGUCAUCUCCUACUAUAGUGGCAGAUUUAGACAUGUAUAAUGCCAUAGCGGUUUUGCAGAACAUUUAAGCAGCUUUGGUUGGCAGUGUGGUUGGGUAGACUCUUAAAUGGUUGCUGUUUGUGUGAAAAUUAAGUGUUUUUGAAAUGUAUGCUUCUCUAGCAGAAUGUACUGGAUAAGAAAUAUAUCAGUGUGUACCAAAAUGUUGAAAAAGUGGGGAAAGGAUUAAGUUAAUUCCUCUGUAUACAAAACUGACCAUGAAUUCCAUGUUCUUUGCUCCUUUGAUGUGUGGCUGUUUGUGUGUAUGUGGGUGAGUGUUUAUACAAAUAUAUAUAUAUAUAUAUGACAUGACAGUAUCUCACAAAAGUGAGUACACCCCUCACAUUUUUGUACAUGUAAUGUAGUGAGUGU